AGCAGCCAUUCACACGGUCCGGUUCUCUCUAACGUCUGGGCGAUAAGCAGCCAAUAGUGAACGGCGAUCUAAGCUGCGACGUCACAGUGGGCGGGGCUCAGUCUGACGCAGGGAGUCAAGAUGGCGGACGAGGAGAAACUGCCGUCCGGUUGGGAGAAGCGGAUGAGCCGCAGCUCUGGACGUGUGUAUUACUUCAACCACAUGACUAAUGCUAGCCAGUGGGAGCGGCCCUCGGGAAGUGGGAAAAAUGGGCAAGGUGAACCGGCAAAGGUACGAUGCUCUCACCUCCUGGUGAAACAUAACCAGUCCAGGCGUCCGUCAUCGUGGAGGCAGGACAAAAUUACACGCACCAAAGAUGAGGCUCUGGAGCUCAUUAAUGGUUAUAUACAGAAAAUCAAAUCUGGAGAUGAGGACUUCGAAGCUUUGGCCUCACAGUUUAGUGACUGCAGUUCUGCUAAAGCCGGAGGUGACCUAGGAAGUUUCGGACGAGGUGACAUGCAGAAACCCUUUGAAGACGCUUCUUUCGCUCUGAGGCCCGGAGAGAUGAGUGGCCCGGUUUUCACAGAUUCUGGCAUCCACAUUAUACUUCGCACUGAAUGAUUCCCUUUUUUGUAGGGGGGACCCCAGGCUUUAGUAGAAAGGAUCUGGGGCUUUGGAGACAGAUGAUGUCCUUGGAUGCAGAGAAGGACAAGCGGGAAGGGAUAGUCUAGGCUUUAAAACACCUUGGGGGAUCUUGUUCAACAAAAUGAAAAGUUUCAAAGGGUCAUUUUUUUAUUUUUUAUCAGCAUUACAUGUAAGGGGUCUCAACGAUUACGGGCAGCCUGGUUUGCGUUGAACAUUUCAAGGGACCUGCAUGAAGGGUUGGGGGCUACUUCUAUCAUGGGCCACACGUCUACAUUCUCCCAUGUGUUGGAGCUAGCUAGAUGACUAGUAAGACUGACUGUUAAUAUAUUGUUUAUAACCCUUCCAAUAUAAGUGGCCUAGCUUAAGAUCCUGCAUGCCGGGCGCUCUGGCAUGUGCAUUUACCAAAACGAAUAAAGAACCAGCAACUGGUGUUAAUCUGGCAUUCACUGCUGGAGGUCUGUGUGCAUCCCAAAUAGGAAUGCAUAUUAACUAUUGCAUGUGAUUUCUGUAUUCAGACAAGCUAUUCCAUUAAAAAGCUACUGUCACCUGCUCACAGUGGAAUAGGCCAUUUUUCUUGACCAUUUUCCAAAGACCUAUAAUUAAUAAAAUAUAAUUUUUUUUUAAUAAAUACAAAAGGUAUAGGUUGUAUUAUAAACUAUGGGGCUGAGAACAUUGUAGGCUAAAGUUGGCCUUACACUUCAAAAAGCAGUAGGCUCACAGCUAUGGCUCCCAUCUCCUCCACAUACGUGUGCACACUCAAUUCGGCUGAGCAUGUGUUUACAACGAACAGAUAGGGUGGAGUCAGCUGCUGCCAGACACCUGUGGCAGCGCCUAAGAACAGAAGCAUUGGGCAUGUGGAAAUCAAACAUGCCCGACGGUUAGCCAAUCCCACCAAAUUGGCAAUUUUUCCAACAGUAAUGUGUAAGGCUACCUUAAAGUGGUGGUACUCCACUGAGCAGCGUUUGGAACAAACUGUUCCGAACGCUGGAGCCGGCACCGGGAGCUAGUGAUGUCAUAUCCCGCCCCCUCAAUGCAAGUCUAUGGGAGGGGGCGUGACAGCCGUGACAGGGUGUGACAUGAGGGGGGUGGGUCCAGCGUUCGGAACAGUUUGUUCCAAACGCAGAGUAGCGGAGUACCCCUUUUAAUCCAUUUAUAGCUGUCAGACACAACUGCAACAGGUCGUCCAGAGUUGGAAAUAAAGGGGCAUGGUUUUUCAAAACUCAUCCCUAAUUUUUUAUGGGAUUAAACUGCAUAAAGAGAGACAACCCUGUUAGGUCAUGUUCACACAGCAGAAUAUUCCGCUGCACCAGAGUCAUAUUGCUUCUGCCACGGAAAUUCUGAUUUCUGGCGUCCACAAAAAGAAAAGACUUGUUUAUUCUUUGUGUGGAUUCCGCUCAGAAAUGCAUUGCCGUCUAAAGAGCCUCACGCCCACUGGAUUAUAGACAUGUGCCGGAUAUCCGCCCAUGUUUUCCCCGGACACUCCCCACAGUUUUGGCCGUGUGAAUCUGGCUUUGGGCUCGAAAAUCACUUUAGUGUACCAUUUUAUCGAAAACCUGUCACAUAAUUGUCAAUGAAAUAAAUGCAUCUUCAUGUGCAAGCUACAUCCAGACUCUGAGAGCGUCGUUUUAACAUAGUUAAUAGGCGCAUGUUUUUUCCAUAGAAACUUAUUGUUUUACGACUCAGCAUCAUGUUUACAAAUCCUGCUUUUCAUUGGCUUCAAUGGGAGACAAUAACGUGCAGAAAGAAGUGACGUCACUUUUUACAUGUGGUACCGCUCUGAAUCCCCUAUUAAAGACAAUAGGAGCUUCAGGGUUAGGCCAACCCAACAUCUUCUUUUUCUGGUGCUGCCAGAAGUGGGUGGAUUAUGCCACUUUGUACAGUCCCUACUGGACCUUAUUUCUCCUUGUAUUUAGGACCUGCCUCAGACCACCCAAACCUUGUUGGGCUAUAUUCACACAACAGAAUUCUGCCGGAAAAUUCAGCUCGUAAAUUCACCGCAAAACUUGCUGCACGUUGAAUUGAAUAGGGGAUCGGCUGUCCCAUUAACACCGUAGAAUUUCUGGAAUAGUACUUAUCAGAUGCUGUAUGUUCCAGGGGAAGUUCUUUUCUUUUUGACUUUCUGUCUGGACACAUUGCUCUCUGCUGAAGCCUCUGUCCAUGUCAGGAACUGUCUGGAACAGGAGCAAAUCUCCUCCUUCUCUGGACAGUUCCUAAAAUGGACAGAGGUGUCAGCAGAGAGCAGUGUGUCCAGACAGUCAAAAAGAAAAGAACUUCCUCUGUAACAUACAGCAGCUGAUAAGUACUGGAAGGGUUAAGGGUUUUUAAAUAGUAAUUUACAAAUCUGUUUAACUUUCUGGCACCAGUUAAUUAAAAAAAUGUUUUCCAGGGGAGUACCCCUUUUAAUUUUGCAGAAUUCCAGGUGGAAUCUCAAUGAGCUCUAUAGGGUUUUGAAUUUCAGCAGAAUUCUGUGUUUUGAGCACACAGAAUUUCCGCUCAAAUUCUGCAGGAAGCUUUGCAGAACGGAAUUCGAGCAGAAUAGCAGAAUUUCCGCCAUUGGGAAUAUAGCCUUAGUAUCUGUAUACUGUAUAACAAGAAAUAAGACUGAAAAAAAUAGUAUAUUUUGAGCACUGGCGCUUAUGGAAUUAAUCAGCUGCAAAGACACCUGCUAGUGGUUCCCUGCUGUACCACUAUAUUGAUUGAUAUAUAAAAAUAUUUGGGGUGGUGUCAGCGCUACUAUAGUAGUGUUGUAGUAGUAGUUACUAUUAAUAAAAAAAAAAUUGUGAAUAUAUUAAUAGCCUCAAUAAUGGUAAUAUUAAUAUAGUCACAAUCCUUUUUUAAUUAAUAGGAACUACUACUAGACCACUAAUAUAGUAGCGCUGACACCAACCCAAAUAUUUUUAUAUAGGAAAUAAGACUGACCUUAUUCUUUUCAGCUGCCAUCCCACGUCUUCUUAGUCUUGACCCCCUCAGUGUCUCUGUUCCUCUCAUGUAUUCCCAGGACCCUAUAAUCCCUGCGAUAUAAAAUUCGGGUCCAUAAUGUGCUUAUUGGGAAAUCUGUUUUCACAGUGUCUUCAAGUAAUGUAUGAAAUGCAGGUGGCUUUAUCCUUACCUUACUUACAGGUGGCUUUAUUCUUAUUUAUUCCUCCCUAAUUCAACUCCGUCCUCCAUAGCCUGACUUGUAAUUGGAUGCCAAGAAAUAGCCGGAGCCCCCGCUGUCUUUUAGAUGACUGCAUGUGGAUUCAUGAGAUUAUCUGAUUUACCAAGCCGCACAGGAAACCAGAUUUAUCUCUUUUAGGCGCCUCACAAUCCCUAAGGAUCCGUACCUGAUAUUCCGAGUUCUACACAUGGGAUACAGUAUACAAGUUACAUCUUUUUCUACCUUUAUCGAUUCCGUUUCUAUUUAAGGCAGUGUUUCCCAACCAGGGUGCCUCCAGCUGUUGCAAACAAAUACUCCCAUUUUUGGUUCCCUUAGCUACCGUUCUUGUUCCUUAUGAACAAUAUCUGCUUCCAGAUCUGGCCAAUGGGUCAUGACCAACAGUAAGACACAGAUACAUUACUUAUAUAGUAGAUAAAGUAUAAUUUAAUGCAUUGUAUCCUCUUCAAGACUGAUAAUGUGAAGGGAAACUUCAGUGUUGGCCAUUGUUGUCACUUGGAAUUGAGAAUGGAAAUCUAUGGCAAGUCUUACUUUGAGACUGACCACUAUUAGUUUCUGUCUGGAUUCCUGCUAAAGAGAUUUGGUGGGGAGAAAAAAAAAAAUCCAUCACUGUUCAGCAUGAGGAGACUGUCUCAUGAGGUGGGGCCAUUAAUGUGGAGCGCUUAAUGAGGCGCAGCGCCCAGAGGUGAGAGACAGGGUUUCAUUCAGUAGAUUGGGGGGGGGGUUUGAGUACGUUUUUGAACUUUUCACUCCAUUAUAAUAAUAUAAUAAAGUUUCACUUGUUGUAUUGAAAUUCCAAGAAAAAAAACUGGAAAGUCAAAAACCGUAUGGUGAAAACUGGAUGAAACCAUACGCACAUAUGGUUCUGUACAGUUCCCAUUGACUCCCAUGUUAAAAAAACGUAUACAGUUUUUCACCUGAACCAAAAACCGUGGUAGGCCACGGAUUUCUGUCCAGAAAAAAAAAAGUGAAAAACCGUUUGGUUUGAAAAACGGAGACAACCGUAUACAUUAUGGUGCAUACGGUUUUGAAUGGGAUGUCUAUGGGCACGGUUUUCUGUACGGUUACAUACUUUUUUUAUUUUAUGAAACCGUAUAGCAAAAUUGUGGUGUGAACCUACCCUAAGGGAGAGAACAUGGAAACAAUAAAGUCCAGAAAAUAGCUUGGAGAAUUACUUCGUAUUGCUGACAAGUUGCAGUGACCUUUAAGCAUGGCAAUCAUGCCACUCCCCCUGCUCAAGAGCAGCCACGAUGUUUGCAAAUGCGCUUGGCGACACACAGAACACUAUGUAUCUGCUCAUAGCGGCACACAGCUGGAGGCAAACUAAACUCUAGGACCCUUAAAGGCAGAAUCUGUGGGAAAACUACUAGAAAAAAAAAACUGGUUUAUUCCAUAAACAUUCCAUGUCCUCAAGGUGUGUGAAGCUUAGAUCCAUUGAAGUAAAUAGGUUUGAGUGGUAAUACCACAUACAAUGUAAAGAUGUGUGUGACACUAUUUUUUUUGGAAGAAAGCAGCUUCUAAGUGGACCACCCUUUUAAAUUACCAGAAAUAAAAGCUUAAAGGUAGGGUAACAACGUAGCGCAUCCACAGUGUAUUUCAUGCUGCGGAUGCGCCAAUGGCAGUCAAAGGGCAAGCUCCAUGCUGCGGCCGGGUAGUUCUGUGUAUCCACUUGUAGCAGUGGGUUUCCCACUGUGCAACUGCUACAAGCAGACACUGUCUACAGCAGGAAAUCUGCGGCUACAAGUGGACAUACAGAGCUACUGAGCCACAGCAGGGAGCUCGCUCUUCUGACUGCCGCCGGCACAUCCACAGCAUGAAAUACGCUGCGGAUGCUCUACGUGUUACCCUGCCCUUACGCUACAUUCACCCUGUUCGAUCGGUUUGGGUUUUUAACUGUUAUCAUGAAAUGUGGCAUUUUAACCAGACCACAUGAAUUUAUCCGAAGAGCUCAUGAGUCUUUGAUGUAUCCGACCAUAGGAUAAGGUAGAUUUCCCCUUUUAAUGUGAAGGGAGCCUGAAGAUCUAUGUGCUCCACGUAUCCAUCCGCCUGGUCAGUAUAGAAAUAACAGCUGCUUACUAUUAGCCAAGGAUAAUUCUUUAGGUUGCUACGAUUUCCGGUGCAUGUAACUAAAGCUCCACCUGUUUCUGCAGACGCAAACAGAAUGUGCACAGCCCCCCCUGCUGGUUAUUCCUUCAUUACACAUGGCUAUAGGGGCGAAUACCAAUGCCAUUUCAGUUCUUCCAUUAUAAGUUGUAACACAAAAACAAAAUAUUUAUUAAGCAAUUUUGUGGUUUGGCUCUAAUUUGCUGUUCGGCUUUGGUGUUAAACUUUUUAUUUUCUACUGGUUUUGUUGAGAACUUGUAUCACAAUAAAAAAUGGUAUAUAUACAAGUAA